CUUCCGACAUCUAGUCUGACGAACGAGACCUGCUGGAUCGAAGGCAGCUCCACGAUUUCCAACUCAAGCCUUCGGCAACAUUGCUGGAAUGCUGUCCUGGUGGAUCCAAGUGAUAAGAUGCUCUGCGGCGGGGCCCUCAUCGAGCGCCAGUUAGUUGUCACCACCGCCUCCUGCUUCUUCUUCCACCAACAGUAUAAGAUCGAACAGCUGGCGAUAAGAUUUGCUGGGAGUUCGGUGCGACACCGAAUCGUCACGGACUUCUUGCACCGAAGAUUUCGGGAAGAAACGCUCGAAAACGACUUGGGGAUGAUCAUCCUCGAGAAGUCAGUGAAGGCGGAGGAAAAGGCGUGCCUGAUGUGCACUCAAGAUGCCUACAGC